ACACACUUGACCAAUUGCACGCGCAAGAAGUCUAAUGGGUCAUUUGAAUUCCGCGAUCCUCGCAGUUUCAGUGAAGGGUCUGUGCGUGAGUGUGCGCGCGUGUGUGUUCGUGUGAAUGUGCACUCGUAGAAUAUAAAGCCAAAGAAAGAAGAAGAAUAAGGCAAGGGGGAGAGAGAGAGAGAGGCGGGAUCGGUUUGCUCCUUGUUGAAAUCCAGGGUGAAGCAAAAACAAUAAUCUGUAUCGAUCAGCACUUCGCGCACGCUUUUUGGAUUUGAUGGAUCAGUGGAUGUGAUGCCCAUAUAUAUCAUCGACCGGACAUUUCCCGACACAUCUGGUGAGUUGAUACAGCUGGCAGCUGAAGGAGGAGACCUGAGUAUGACAGAGACCAACCCCCCCAAGUCGGCUAAGAAGCCCCGCUGGACCUCCCUGGAGGUCGGCCUCAUUACUAUCGUCUCCUUGCUCUUCAUUGUCAUCGUUGCCCUUAUCAUCCUCUUUGCCACACAGAAGACUGAGGAAAUCUGCACAUCGGCUGACUGCACGCAAUCAGCUUCUCGCCUCAUUGAGAACAUGGAUGCCAGCGUGGACCCUUGUGACAACUUCUACCAGUAUGCCUGUGGGGGCUGGCUGAAAAAGAACAUCAUCCCUGAGACCAGCUCCAGAUACAGCACCUUUGACAUCUUAAGAGACGAGCUGGAGGUCAUUCUCAAAGGUGUCCUUGAAAAAACAGUGGAUGGUGAAGCCGCUGCUCUUACCAAGGCUAAGACCCUUUAUAAGUCCUGCACCAAUAAUAGUUUAAUUGAGCUCAGAGGAGGGGCUCCUUUGCUCGACAUGCUGCCUGAUAUGUUUGAGUGGCCCAUAGCUGUGGACAACUGGGAGACCAACUAUGGUAAAACAUGGAAGUUGGAGAACGUCAUCGCCAAGCUGAAUGAGAAAUAUGGAACUCAACUCUUGGUUAACUUUUUUGUCGGCACCGAUGACAGGGACUCCAAUUCACACAUCAUUCAUUUUGACCAGCAGACAAGCCUCGGCCUCUUGUCCAGAGAUUACUACGCCUGCACCGGACCCUAUGCAGAGGCAUGUCGGGCCUAUAAGCAGUUCAUGAUUGACCUGGCAAAGCUGAUCCGCUCAGACCGGAAAUUGGACAUCAAUGAAACCCUCAUCAGAGAAGAGGUCACACGAGUAAUGGACCUGGAGAGGGACAUCGCCAAUGCUACUGAUACUCCAGAGGACCGUAACAACCCAGUGUUGCUUUACAACAAGAUGGAGCUGGGUGAUUUGAACGGCAACUUCUCCCUUGAGGUUGAAUCCCAGGUAUUUAAUUGGAGUUACUUCACAGCAAAGAUAAUGGAUACAGUCAACAUCACCGUUACUGACACAGAGAAGGUCAUAAACUACUCCCCCAACUAUUACAGAAGACUCAACCUCAUCUUGGCCAGAUACAACAAGAGGGAUCUGCAGAACUACAUGGUGUGGCGUUUUGCUAUGAACAUGGUGGUGGGCCUGAGCAGAAAUUACAGGGACACCAGGAAAGCCUUCCGCAAGGCUUUGUCUGGUACAACGUCAGAGGCAGCAGUGUGGCGACAGUGUGCACUCUAUGUCAACAACAACAUGGACAACGCUGUGGGACGACUGUAUGUGCAGGAGGCCUUCUCUGAAAAGAGCAAAGAACUGAUGGAGGAGAUGAUUCAAGAUAUACGUGCAGUGUUCAUUAGUAACCUUCAUGACCUGACCUGGAUGGAUGCAGAGACCAAGAUAGCAGCUGAGGAGAAGGCCCGAGCUAUUCGGGAACGGAUUGGCUAUUCUGACAACAUCAAGGAUGACGAAUAUCUUAACAAUGAGUACAAAGAUCUGGAUUACAGUGCAAAGGAGUACUUUGAAAACAUCCUACAGAACCUGGAGUAUGUGCAGAAGAAACGCCUGCGGAAACUCAGAGUCAAAGUCAACAAAGAGGAAUGGGUAACUGGAGCUGCUGUUGUCAACGCCUUCUACUCAUCCAGCAAAAACCAAAUAGUUUUCCCUGCAGGUAUCCUCCAGCCGCCUUUCUUCAGCAAAGGCCAGGCUAAAUCUCUCAACUUUGGUGGCAUCGGCAUGGUGAUCGGUCACGAGAUCACACAUGGCUUUGAUGACAAUGGUCGUAACUAUGAUAAGGAUGGUGACCUCAAGGACUGGUGGACACCAGCCUCCACUAAUAGGUUCCUGGACCUAUCGAAGUGCAUCGUCAAUCAGUAUGGCAACUUUUCCUGGGACCUGGCUAAUGGACUACAUUUAAAUGGUAACAACACCCUCGGGGAGAACAUUGCUGACAAUGGAGGGAUACGGCAGGCAUAUCAGGCCUAUAAUAACUAUGUGGAGGAGCAUGGAGAGGAGCCAUCACUGCCCGGCAUUGACCUCUCCCACAAUCAACUCUUCUUCCUAAACUUUGCUCAGGUGUGGUGUGGAACACAUCGACCGGAGCAAGCUGUUAAUUCCAUUAAAGUAGACGUACACAGUCCAGGGAAAUUCAGAGUUCUGGGCUCCCUUCAGAACUUCCCAGAAUUUGCCAGAGCAUUCAAUUGCAACAAGGGCAGCUACAUGGUCCCUGACAACAUUUGCCGUGUGUGGUGAUCCACAGACCUCUGGGAUGGGGACAGUUCUGACAUGGGUUGUCCCGGUCCCACUGUACCUCUCCCCUCUGACUGUCGGAGCCCUCGUUGGGGCUACAGGGAAGUUGAAUCUCCCCUUAGUUAUUUACUGGAUGGACCAGGGCUGAUGGACUGACACUGCAGUCUGCACUUCCUCCAUGGAAAGCAGUGUACUGUACCCUCACGGACAGACGGAGCACUUUCCGUCUCUGAUACUGUAGUUCAUUCAAUCAGCCUGAUUGUUCUGCUACUCACUGGAUUGUAUGUUUUUAUUUUUUUGCAUUUUCAUCUUGUUUUACUCAUCAUUUGUGAGUCUGCCAAUGUGAGUGUGAGUGUGUUUCAGUCAAAAUACUGUACUUGUCAAGAGAGGGGCGGACUGACAAAUGUGUUCAAAUCCACUGGAAUAUGAAUACACCAGCCACCCACUCACACUGAUACACAUCUAACAGGGCUGAACCACUGCACUGUAUGUGGGACUGAGCUGUAUGCCUCUCAUAAAACCUCAGCUGGUUUCAGCCUUCAUCUACAUGCUGAUACGCUCUACAAUGCAUCCGUAAUGUCCUCUUUGUUAAUAUGUAUAACCAGAUUAGAUAAAUUAUUACAGAUAAUCUGAUUUUGCUUAAUAGCCCAGUACAUAUUUAACCCUAACCAUAUAUUAAACAAUACUAUUCUAUAUCUAAUGAUAAUGACUUAACUGCAGUAUAGUUUAUUUGGCGAAUAAACCAAAUUAAAUGUUUACCUUUAGGGUGACAGGUGGUCAUGAAUCCUUGAGCUGACAAUCAACACCAAACCUUUUUUAUAUGUUCACUGAGCCUCCUGUGUGUUUCUGGAUGUAUGUCUCUAUGUGUUGCCCAGUCUUUUUAAGUCAUUGUGAUCGCUGCCUACUGUUUGUCAAGCAAAUUGGUAUGCCUUACAUGAUCUGCUGUGUCUGAGAGUUUGUGCAAGUGAACAAAGAAUAAGAAAGUGUAUCAUUAAAGCAAUAUUUAGACUUUAUGCCGAGAGUUAGAGGAGAAUAUCGCUACCACUCUCAUGUUUUUCUGCUACAGCCAGCAGACGGUUAGCCGCUCUGUUCAAAGGUGAAACAAAUGCCUUCUCGUUUGUUUAAUUAGUGUAAAAAUCAUAACUUGUGGUCUACAGGGCGUUAUGUGCCGGACUGUUUCCUGGCUGGGAGCGGUGACCUCCUGAAAUCUGCGCCAGCUGCCUGUCAAACUGACGGUGAUAAAAAAUCUGGGGACUUUGAGUUUUUACUCUUUCUUCUACGCAUCAAACAUACCAACAUAACAUUAAUUGGUUAGCUUUGAAAGUGCAGGUAGGCAGAUUUGAUCUUAACUUUGGACAGAGCCAGACUAGCUGUUUGCAGUCAAUAUGCUAAGCUAACCAUCUCCUAGCUGUAAUUGUAUAUGUAUGAGAAAGAUAUGAGUAGUAUCAAUAUUCUCAACUUACUGUUGAAUGUGAAAAAAGUGAAUGUGUAAUUCACAAAAUGUUGAAGAAAGGUUUGAUGAUAUUUCAGUUUGUUCUUGGUUUAAUCACAUGAAGAGCUUUGUGGAACACAUCUUUUUUGUAAUGAUAUUGAAGCAAAAGUCAAUUGACAGAAGAUGAUUAAGCUUUCAAGGGAUGUAUCUGUUUUAAACUGCGGACUGAGUCUUUGCUGGAACCUAAUGGAUGUUUCAAUAGUGCAUCCAUUUUUCCGAAUGCAGAAGGUUGUAUCAAGUUAGUAGAUCACAAUUUAUUAUUCAUGGUUUUCUAUGGUUUUAUUUUUUAGGCUGUUUCUUCGCCUUUUCUAUUGCUAUUAGUGAAUGAUGCGCCGUGAUCAUGUAGACCACUUCUUCAGACAGUAUACAGCCCCCUCCAUGUCCAGUCUUGUAUUGUUUCCUCGUGUUUUGUUCCUUUCAUUGUCUGUGCAAGCUUUCUGUCCAUGUCAACGCCGCUCACUCCCUCAGGCUUUCUUUCUUUCGGCCUCUCUCUCUGUCACACUCCACCUGUAGAAUGACAGAUAUACCUCAGUUGCCUGUUUUUAGAUACUUAUAAUAAUGACUGAUAAUCAUCUUGAGAAGCAUUUUUUUCUUUCAAAAUAAAUAUUUAAAUAACACGCUGAUGCUGCAGGUGAAGGUUUGUCUAUAUAUUUGUGUGCAUAUCUGUUGUUUUAGCAUCUGAAUCAGUUUGCAUGUUUUACAUGUAAUCUCUCAAAUCGAUUCCAAAGACAUAUUAGGAAACAUUCCUUUAAUGUCAGACAUUUGCACCGCAUAACAGUGUGAGUGCACAUAAUAUCUUGAUUCUGCUGACUUGAUUUAUGUUUUGUCUGGACUUCAGGGACUUUAUAUAAAGAAAUUGUAUAAAGAUGUUCUACAUC